CUACAUUUGUCAUGCAAUAGUUUAUUUCUUUGAUUUGUGGCGAAAAAAUUUAAUGAUUUUAAUGUUCUUUCUUUAAAUUACAUAUCCGUAUGUGUCAAUCUUAGGGGUGGGCAUUUGGUCGGUUCGGUUCAAACCGAAUCAAAUUGAGGACUACCAGGGUUCCGAAUCCUGUCAUGUGGCUGAUCAAAUUCGAAUCGAAUUAUAAUUUGGUUUAGUGCGGCUGAAUCGAAUUAUAACUCGGUUCGGAUUUCUAACCAAAACUGACAUGUUGGAUAGUGCCACUGUUGGCCUAGCUUGCUGCAUUUUGGCCGGCCCAAGCUGCCUCAAUUUGGUGAUGCUGAGAGAUAGGAGAGGUGGAACCCCUAGGUUUCCACUUUCCUCUCCCAAGGCUCAAGCUAUCCCCUUUUCUUCUUCUUUCUUCUUUGCUGACAUUGAUGUCGCCACUACUGCGCGCCUGCUCGCUGUUGGAGUGCGCCAGUCCAUAAAGACAAUAGGUGGAGUCUCUAGGUUUCGUCGGGAGGAGCAGGUGGACUCGAGGAGGCUGGGUUUCGUUGGAAGGAGCAGGAGAAGUUGAGGAGGGAUGAUUCAGAUCUGAUUUGGACGCGGAGGAAGUCAUCAUAUUUGCCUUCUCCGUAAUAUCCACCCUCCCUAGAUACUCCACCAGAGGAGAAUUGUAACACACAUACAUAUUUUAAAACAUUCACAUCAAUUAAAACAUUUUACAAUUUUGUUUAGCUUACAAACCAAACCACAAUUUACAUAAACAUUUAAAACUUCUAAACACAUGACAGUAGAGAAGAUCAACUUCUCUCAAAAUACUAUAAACAAGUCAUGUCGGA